AUGACUGAUCCUUCUUCACUCCGUGGUCCACCACCGAGAGGGCCUCCGCCGGGACUAGCAUCGGCAGGUUACCCGCAAUCUCGGGGUCCCCCUCUCGGCUUUGCGCCGCCAAGAGGACCCCCUCCAGGAGCUCCACCGGGACGAGGGCCACCCCCAGACGUUCUACGUGAUAGUGGGCGUCACCGUUCACAUCGAGAAGAGUCGGUGGCGGGCGGUGACGACCGGGUCGACCGCCGUCCGGUGACUUGUGAUGCUCUUCGAGCCCUUAAGGACGAGGUCCUUCGUGAUCGGAGCUCCGCUGAGCGUCAUGCUAAAGCAGCAUAUCGCUGUGCGGACGCUAUUGACGAUCUGUAG